GCACUUUAUAAAACCCAACCUCUCUCCUGACUUUCAUUUCUCAGACACAAAUUUUCCCACCUGUUGAGAGAACCCCUGCUUUCUCAGCGAAUUUUCCCGGAAAGUAGAGAUCAAUGCAUGUCAGCGAUAAUUCGUGAUUACACAGGGGCUUCAUUGAUGCUCUUCAGACGAAGCUCUGAAAAGUACGUGGUAGGGUUUGGAUUCAUUUGAUUCCGAUCCAGAAAAAAUGUCAUCGAUCUUCUUCAGGUUAGGGUUACUACUCUCGAUCCUCUUCUUUGUUGCGAAACCGUCCGAAUCAGCGGUUUUCAGUGUAGAUCUAGGCUCAGAAUGGUUGAAAGUCGCCGCGGUGAAUCUGAAACCAGGACAAAGUCCAAUCUCGGUCGCGAUUAACGAAAUGUCGAAGCGAAAAUCGCCGGCAUUGGUCGCAUUUCAAGGCGGCAACCGCUUGAUCGGCGAAGAAGCUGCCGGACUCGUGGCGAGGUAUCCCGAUAAAGUAUAUUCCAAUCUUCGAGAUUUGAUAGGAAAGCCCUAUGAUUAUGUGAAGAAAUUUCUCGAUUCAAUGUAUUUGCCAUUUGAUGUUGUGGAAGAUCCGAGAGGCGGUGCUGGGAUUAGGGUUGAUGGUGGUGCAAUUUAUUCGCCGGGGGAAUUGGUGGCGAUGGUAUUGGGUUAUGCUUUGCAUUUGGCAGAGUUUCAUUCCAAGGUUCCGAUUAAGGACGCCGUGAUUACAGUGCCACCAUACUUCGGGCAGGUAGAGAGGAAGGGUUUGCUUCAGGCGGCUCAGUUGGCUGGGAUUAAUGUGCUUUCGCUGAUCAAUGAGCACUCAGGUGCGGCGUUGCAGUAUGGGAUUGAUAAGGAUUUCUCGAAUGAGUCAAGGCAUGUUAUAUUCUAUGAUAUGGGUUCGAGUAGUACUUAUGCUGCUCUUGUGUAUUUCUCUGCGUAUAAUGCGAAGGAGUAUGGGAAGACUGUCUCUGUCAACCAAUUUCAGGUCAAGGAUGUUAGAUGGGACCCACAACUUGGGGGUCAGGAUAUGGAAUUAAAACCACAGAUUUG